GAUCGCCGCAGACCCACUCCAGAUGUUCAAUAAUCAGUAGGAUUAUGGCGACGCAGCCAAGGAGCGUUUCAAAGUUAGAUACCAAUCAAAGGAAUAUGUCGCUUAAAUCAACAUGGAUCUUUGAGUCCUGCAAUAACUGUGUCCUGAUUCUAUACUAUAAGGAGGCGAAGUAACGUAUAACUUAUAUACGGCACAGAUAUCAAAACAUUUUUCAAUUAUUUGUAUGUGUUUGGUUUUAAUGUUGGUUUUGGUUUGAUCACAGCAUGCUUGAUACUUGUAAAUGACUGACUGCGUAUUGCGGAGCCCGCCCCCCUAGGGGGACCGGUUAAGCUUAAACGGACUAAUUAGGCGUUCCAUGGGAGACAGUGACGCUGCCUUAUCGUACUACUCGUCUGCAUCCCUAACCAGCAGUCUGCAGCGUGUAGCCAACUUCAUACAUCUGAAUAUUACAAGACAGACGAUUUUCCAUUUGAUGGAUCCAAUGGCUCCCUGGAUAUUGAUACUUUUUUCUAUUUACGGAGUUCUCAAUGGCCAAGAGACCAGAGACCCCAUCUCCAUGGAGGAUUGCUGUAAGGACGGGCGAGAAAGAGGCCAGGACAGCCAGGACUGCUCAGCCCUGCCCCUCAUCUCGGAGUCCACCACCUGCAGAAUAGCCCAGGAGCAGUGCUGUGCAGCAGUGCUGGAGGACACCAGCUGCACCAAUGGCAUAAACAUGGCCAAGGACCAAGGUGCCUGCGAGGCCCUCUUCACAGGGAGCACCUGUGAGUCAAAGACCGCCAAGAUGUGCUGCGACUGCUGCUUGCUAGGGAAGUCAGCGCAGGAGAUAGGCCUGACCUGCGACCUCAGCCUCUCCGUGGGCUACCAGUGCGGCCUGGUGUCCCGCGCCUGCUGCAGGCAUGGGAACCCUGAGGUGGAGGGGAACAGCACCCCAGGACAGCACCUCCACCGACGACCAGGCCAACGACACUCCACAGGGUCAGAGACACUAAUGCACCACAUGAGGCACUAUGCAAGAGUCUAUGGAUCGAGACGCCCCUCAGAAAAGGUACCUGACGAUUCAGACACCCCAGAACUUGACGACAUGUGCAAAGAGGCUAAGUGUAGUCAAAAGUGUGUAGGUAAUGGCACCUGUGUCUGUGAAGAGGGGUUCAAACUCAAACCAGAUGCGAAAAACUGUGAGGACAUAAACGAGUGCCUACUGGGAACGUACAACUGCCGGCACGGGGAGCGUUGCAUCAACAUGCUAGGCUCUUACCGCUGCCAGCGCGAGGUCAGCUGUGGCACAGGCUAUGAACUAACCAACAGCAACCAAUGCAAAGACAUUGAUGAAUGUGAGACUGGCACACACAACUGCCCUCCAGACUUUGAAUGCCAGAAUACUCCUGGGUCUUUCCGCUGUCGACCCAAAGUGAAGUGUGGACAAGGCUAUAUACAGGAUGCUCUGGGCAGCUGCAUAGACAUUAAUGAGUGCCUGAGCCAUAACGGGCCCUGUCCGACUGGACAAAUGUGCUUCAACACCGUGGGCUCCUACACCUGCCAGAGGAACUCUGUGAGCUGUGGACGUGGGUACCAUCUCAACGAAGAGGGAACUCGAUGUGUGGACAUCGAUGAAUGCAAGCAGCCUGAUGGCGCCUGUGCUGACCAUGGCUGCAUUAACCUUGUGGGCUCGUUUCGCUGUGAGUGCCGCGGUGGCUACAUUUUCAACAGCAUCUCCAGGGUCUGUGAAGACAUCAACGAGUGCAGGCACUAUCCUGGCCGUCUGUGUGCCCACAAGUGUGAAAAUAUUCUUGGGUCCUACAAGUGCAGCUGCACCACAGGCUUCAAACUCUCCAGUGAUGGCAGAAAUUGUGAUGAUGUUAACGAGUGUGAAAGCAACCCUUGUAGCCAAGAGUGUGCCAAUGUCUAUGGCUCCUACCAAUGCUAUUGUCGCCGUGGAUACCAGCUCAGUGAUGUAGAUGGCAUCACCUGUGAAGAUAUUGAUGAGUGUGCGCUUCCCACCGGGGGACACAUCUGCUCCUACCGCUGCCACAACAGCCCCGGGAGCUUCCACUGCACGUGUCCUGAGGGGGGCUACACACUGGCCCCCAACGGACGCAGCUGCCAGGAUGUGGAUGAGUGUUUGGCAGGGACACACACCUGCACAGAAUCAGAGAGCUGCUUCAACGUCCAGGGCGGAUUCCGCUGCUUGGCUUUUGAGUGUCCUCCCAACUACCGCCGCUCUGGGGAGACGACGAGGGUCGAACGAGCCGACACCAUCCGUUGCGUCAAGUCCUGCCAGGCUAACGACAUCGGCUGUGUCAUGGACCCAGUCCACUCAGUUUCCCACACUGUCAUCUCCCUGCCCACCUUCAGAGAGUUCACCAAAUCAGAAGAGAUCGUGUUCCUGAGAACCAUGUCGCCGGCACACUCACUGCCUCAACUGGGCUCCUCCGACAUUGUCUUCGACAUCCUGGAUGGGAACAUGCAGAGCUCCUUCGACAUCCUCAAGCGCUAUGAGCAUGGAAUGAUCGUGGGAGUCGUGCGUCAGGUGAAGCGCAUCAUCGGCCCGGUGGACAUCGUGUUGAAGCUGGCCAUGAACUACGUCUCGUCUGGGGUCGUCUCGCAUCGGAACAUUGUGAACGUCCACAUCUUUGUCUCGGAGUUCUGGUUCUAAAUGUGGAGACGCCCAAUCUCUCCCAUUACCAGUUCUAUUCGCACCAUCCCCUGGAGCACAUGCACCCACACAAUUAGGCAACUGCCAAAUAGCACGCACACAAAAGCACAGAACACGUUCACGUUUUUAAUUCACGUUCAACUUCACAAUAACACAUUAGAUGUCGAAAUGAAUGAGUUAGAGUGAUUAUUAUUUGCAUGCAACAUGUAUAAAGCUUGUUACGGUGGAAGAUAUGAGUUCUCCUAAAUCUGACCUGUUUGUGUUAAUGUGGUGAGAGAUCACUUGCUGCUUCUUUACUUUUCUUUUGGUUAGACACAGAACACAUCUUCUUGAUCUUUUAAGAUAUGCUAGGCCUUAAGUGCAUGCCUGUGUGAGCAUAUAUAAGCAUGCUUAGCAUGCGUGAUCAUGCUCAAGUUUAAGAUAUGGUGUGAACUACGAGGACUUCACAACAUUGGAAUGAUGAUAUGAAAAAGUUGAAUGUACCUGUAGUCCUUGGUUAUGAUGUGUUCACUCCAAUUGUAUUCAGUUACAUAUCACAAUUCAUUAUGGAGGGAUCAUGUGAUGAAUAAAAUAUUUGCUAUUUGACUUUUAA